AUGGAGUGCUCGUGGAAGACAGUGCUGCUGUUGGUGUGCGCGUCCCUGGGGGUGCAGUACACUGCCAUCCGCUCCCUUCAGGACUUGUUCCCAGGGCCAUGCCAGGACUCUGGACACUGCCAGGGACGCGUGGGCAAAGAUCACAGAUGGAAAUUCUCUUGCGACGACAACUUUGUACCCGCAGAGCGUAGCAGCGCCUCUGCUCGGAAGCACAUCCUUCUUUUUGCACAAACUCGCUGUGGCUCCUCCUUCACUGGCCAGCUGUUUAACCAACACCCUGAGAUCUUCUACGUGUUUGAGCCACUGUACCAUGUCCAGCAAACCUUCACCAACUCUAGCAGUCGUCUCCGUAGAGUCCUGGACAGCCGGGCUCUGCUGGGAGCCUACAGAGACCUCCUCCUCAACCUGUACACCUGCGACCUCACCUUCCUGGAGAACUACAUCCGGCCUGAGCCGCAGGAUCACGUUACGGCUUCCUUCUUCCGCCGGAGCUCCAGUCAUGCUCUGUGCUCACCGCCCGUCUGCCAAGAGGGCGGAGAGGAGAUUCAGGCAGGGCAACCGGAUGAGACCUGGUGUCCCAAAAAAUGCCGGACCUUGAACCUCACCUUAGCCUCGAUGGCUUGCCAGGCCCGAAACCACGUUGCCAUAAAGACAGUGCGGAUCCCUCAGGUCGGAGAUCUACGGACACUGUCAGAGGACCCACGUCUGGAUUUGAGGAUUGUCCACCUGGUAAGAGAUCCCAGGGCCAUCUUGGCCUCUCGCAUGACUGCUUUUGCCGAUCAAUUCAGGGCCUGGAAGAUCUGGAACGCCACAGACCGGCAGCCACGUUACGUGGACUUGACGCAGAUCACCAGAACAUGCCGAGACAUGGAGUAUUCUGUGGAGACCGGUCUGCAGAGACCAGCAUGGCUGAGGAGACGUUAUCUGCUGGUGCGCUACGAGGACCUGGCUUUAAAUCCUGAAGACAAGGCCAAGGAAAUCUACAGAUUCCUGGGCUUAAAUAUAGGCAAUAGAGUUCUCACAUGGAUUUCUCAAAACACUAAUGCCACUGCCCCAUCUUUCACUGAGUGGAAUUACAAGUACUCCACCAGUAGAGAUUCUAAAGCUACAGCCCACAGCUGGAGACAGCGUCUGGGCUUUGACAUUGUUAAAACAGUGCAGACUUUAUGUAACACUACCUUUGCCUUAUUGGGCUACAAGCUAGUACAGUCUGAGGCGGAGCUGAGGGACCUGACAAACAGUUUAGUAGAACCCAGAACAUUUUAGAACCUAAAGUUCAAUCUGGAACAGUUUCUCAC